GUAGUGUCCCUUGGUUACCGUUGCUAUGAAGGGCCUAGCGCCCCCUCAGCGGUCUCACGCCGGGAGAAACUAAUAUAGUACAGCGUGAUGGUGAAGCAAACGAUCCAGAUAUAUGCGAGGGUAAAGCCCCUCGGCAGGAAACAGCCGCCGGGGAUCUAUUCAGUAGAUGAAGAUGAGACAUCCGGAUUCAAUUUGGAAAUUAUUGUGCCGCAUGAUUUGGCAGAUGGGUUUGUCAAUAAUAAAAGAGAAAGCUACAAAUUCAAAUUUCAAAAAGUUUUUGAUCAGGAGUCAAAACAAGAUGAAAUUUUUGAAGCCAUUGCCAAACCAGUUGCAGAAUGUGCUCUAGCAGGCUAUAAUGGCACUAUAUUUGCCUAUGGACAGACAGGAAGUGGCAAAACAUUCACUAUCACUGGAGGAGCUGAACGUUACAGUGACCGGGGCAUUAUUCCACGGACAUUAUCUUACAUCUUUGAGCAGUUGCAAAAGGAUAGCAGCAAAGUAUACACAACACAUAUCUCCUAUUUAGAAAUUUACAAUGAAUGUGGUUAUGAUCUUCUGGAUGCACGACAUGAAGCCUCCAGAUUAGAAGAUUUGCCGAAAAUAACAAUAAUGGAAGAUCCUGAUCAGAACAUUCAUCUGAAACAUCUCUCUUUGCAACAAGCAACCAAUGAGGAGGAAGCACUGAACCUUCUUUUUUUAGGUGACACAAACAGAAUGAUUGCAGAGACUCCAAUGAAUCAAGCUUCUACUCGUUCACAUUGCAUUUUCACCAUUCACAUUUCAAGCAAAGAACCAGGAUCUGCAACAAUCAGACGCUCCAAACUGCAUUUAGUUGAUCUGGCUGGUUCAGAACGUGUUGGAAAGACUGGAGUUGGAGGUCAGCUGCUUACAGAGGCCAAAUAUAUCAAUCUGUCACUACAUUACUUGGAACAGGUAAUCAUUGCUCUGUCAGAGAAAAACAGGUCUCAUAUUCCCUACAGGAACUCAAUGAUGACCUCGGUGUUAAGGGACAGUCUAGGAGGAAACUGUAUGACCACAAUGAUUGCAACACUCUCAAUAGAAAAAAGGAACAUAGAUGAAUCUAUAUCAACUUGUAGAUUUGCUCAGAGAGUUGCCCUUAUUAAGAAUGAAGCUAUUCUGAAUGAAGAAAUUGACCCCAGACUGAUAAUAUCACGACUUAAGAAGGAAAUCCAGGAGCUGAAAGAUGAAUUGGCCAUUGUGACUGGGGAACAAAGAUCAGAAGAACUUACAGAAGAAGAACUGCUACAGAUAGAUGACCAGAUUAAAAAUUUUUUAGAAGAUACAGAUCCUGAGAACAUACUUGAAGUUGGAGCUGAUAUGCGAAAGAUCAAAUACUGUUUCAUCCAUUUAAAGAGAUUAGUUACUGAAGCAAAGCAUCCUGAUAGCCAUCUGCUUGCACCAGACAUUCCUGGAAACAAACAUGUUAAUAGCUCAACUGGAGAUGGAGAAUUAAAGAAGUUGAAGGAUCUUCUGCAGCAACGAGACAAUGAAAUCAGCAUUUUAGUAAAUAUGUUAAAAAAGGAAAAAAAGAAAGUACAAGAUACACUUCUGCAACUCACUGCUUCAUCCAAGGAGAUAUCAGAUUCAGAAAGUUCUCUUUCAAAAAAUAUGGAAAAUGAACAGAUAAUUGAUGUUCCUUCACAAAGUAAAUCUGGUUUUCUUCCCAAGAGCACAGGGGUCAGAGGAGAAAUGUCACUUGGACGCCAAGAAGCCUUUGAAAUUUUCAGGAGAGAUUAUGCUGAUAGCAUAACCAUUGAAGACAAUAAGCAGCUCCUUAAACAAAGGUUUGCUGAGGCAAAAUCUUUGGGAGAAAAAGUAAAUGAUAUAAGAAAUAAAAUCAACAGCUUGAAAGAAGAGAUAAUGCAACGUCACAUGCAAAGAGCAGCUCAAGCUGUUGUCAGUCCUCGAGAAAUGAAUGAACAUGAUCCAAUAGAGGAAGCACUUCGGGCACAAAUUGAAAAAGAGAAGAUAAGUUAUAAAACAAUGUUUACUCGCCUGAAAGGACUGAAGAUAGAAAUUGAACACUUGCAGCUACUUAUGGAAAAGGCAAAAGUGAAGUUGCAAAAGGACUUUGAAGUUUGGUGGUCUGAGGAGACAGGAAAUCUGCAGAGCCAGGAAGAAAGGCCAGAUUUGCAUAAUUCACGUGGUGUCUCAAAGACUCCUCCUCUUUUUCCUGAAGCUCAGCCAAUUCCAUGUGGUACCAGAGUUCCAAAUAACAGCAGAGCCAGCUUCAGUGAAGAGUCUUCUGUAAAAAGCAGUGCAAGCAAACUCAAUAAUUCAGCUUCAAAGGCAAGGAUCUCAUCAAGUCCAAGUUCAUCCAUACCCUUCACUGGAGACCAUCAAACUGAUGCUGAUAUUCUAGCUUUCAUCAGAGCGAGACAAAAUCUCCUGCAGAAAAAAGGACAGAGAAAACUAAAUAAUCAGAAGGACUUUGACUAAGAAGUUGUAAAUUCAAUGGUCUUCCAAUAUUUUCCUGUUGCUCUUUCUGAAAUUAG